CCGUAUUAGCUAACCUGUGACGUAACACUUGAGCACAUUGGAGUUCAUGUUGGCGUGUCGUAGUUCCAUUUUUCGUGCUAGGUAAAGGAGCCUUUGUGAUCACGAAUAGACCUGGCACUGACAAACGAAAGGGUGUUCAUUUAUCUUUGGCUGUCUGGGAUGUAUGAAUGGAUAGUUGACGGAAUAUCAUCGCUCUUCGUGCCUUUUUCUGGAGGGAAAUCAAGGAGCUGGCCUAAGAACGGCGGUGUAUCAGAAGCCGCGCGGACCCCAGACGAGCAAAGACAGGAUAAUUAUAAUAACAGGCCAGCGAAACGCAAUUAUCAAAGUGUCCACUCUCCCGAGGGCACAUCAGAGCCUGUGGAGAUCAAAAGACCAAGAAGAGAUGUAAUUUUAAGCACCGUUAAGAAAACCCUGGCUGGAGUCGCUGGCUUUCUCCGUCUGAGGCACCCCAAACCCAGCCUUCAAAAUGACCACCGCUCCUAUAAGAAAGCCCCGCUGCAGCCCGUUGCGCUGGCGGGAAUAGAUGAAAUUCCAAACAGUAACUUGAGCAUGUGGAUCAUGAAUGGGAAUGUUAAAAUGGACAAACUGAGAGAGGGAGGCAGCACUGGGCAAGAGAAGACUGUGUCUGCCUUUGGCAACAGCUCCUUGCCCCUGAACAGAAAGCAAGAUAGUGGAGCAAUGGUGUUUCGGGGAGCCCAGGACAAGACCCAGCGACGAUCCUUGCCGCUCAUGCCUGCUUCAGACCUGGCUGGCAGGCCUCACAAGCCCUGCCUGGCUGUGGAGGAGGCCCUGAAAGAAAGUGACCGGGAGCAGUACUUAAGACUGGUGGAGAUGGUGUCGGAGAAGUACAGCAAAAGCAAGCCUCUCCCAUUUGCCCAGAUGAAACCUCUGAUGACUUCUCUUCCGCUGGAUGGACACAAACAGACAGUCUUUGGCAGAACCUGUGAUACGAGCCUCCCCAAGCGAGGUCCUGUCAGAGCCAACCCCAGUGUGUCCAUGUGGAGGGACCCAUCGUCUGGAAAACAAACCAAGGACAGGACUGUGGACAUGGGUCUGAGUAAGCCUGUUGGAGAUUGCAGAAGCACAGGAGUGGAGGAGCAGUCAGCAUGGAAGGGGAAGACCAAGCCAGUGGAUGUGGACCUGUCUGCCGAGGUGGCAGCUCGCCUCAACCUGAAGGACAAGGAGCCGUCUCUACCUGCACUUCAGCCUGUUCCUGUUCCUCCUGGUUUCCAGAGCCGGCCCGCCUCUCAGGCAGACUCCCGGCUGGCUGAUGAGGAUCUCCCCCGCCUCUCCAAGGAGAUGCAGAUGGAGGUGAGUGCUGCUCUGGCUCAGAGGGACCCCAACCUGGUCCUUAGCAGUGCAUUCAAGCUGCGCAUCACCCAGAGAGACCUGGCCACCCUGCAGGAGGGCUCCUGGCUCAACGAUGAGGUGAUCAACUUUUACCUGAACCUGGUGAUGAGUCGCAGUGAGGAGCAGAAGGGGCUGGGUGGGCAGAAGGUCUACUCCUUCAGUACGUUUUUCUUCCCCAAGCUGCACGGUGGUGGCCAUGCGGCCGUCAGGCGCUGGACCAAGGCAGUGGACCUCUUCACCUACAACAUCAUCCUGGUGCCACUCCACCUGGGAGUGCACUGGUCUCUCACUGUUGUUGACUUGAAGGCAAAAAGUGUGAAAUCCUAUGACUCCAUGGGCCAGAGGCAUGAUGACAUCUGCAACCUGAUACUGCUGUAUCUGAAGGAGGAGAUGAACGUGAAGAAGGGGAAAGAUCUGGAUGUCACCAAGUGGACUCUCAGCAGUCUGAAGGCCUCUGAGAUCCCUCAGCAAAAGAAUGGCAGUGACUGUGGAGUCUUUGCCUGCAAAUAUGCUGACUACAUUUCCCGUGGACGACCUUUAACCUUCAGACAGUGUCAUAUGCCGCUGUUCAGAAAGCUGAUGAUCUGGGAGAUUCUCAACCAGCGCUUGUUGUAAAAGGAAGACAGAAGAGGAUCAUUUGGCAUCUUCAGGCCCCAUUCAACCAAAACAGGACCAACUAAACCUCCCUGCUUCCCUGAGCUUCCCAUUGUUUUAAUAUUUAUAAAGCGCUACUAGGUUCUGUAUUCACUACGUAGUAGACAUGAUAAAAAACCUGACACAAGCUCCAUACCCUAGAAGAGGUAGACGCACAGCUUGAGUCAUUAACUUAUAAUGCAGAGUAAGUAUUUGUCACAAAACCAGUCAUUCAUUGUAUUAUUUCACUCGUAUGGCGUGGUGAAUAACUGGAACGAUGAACUUUGCUGUCUGGUCUGUGUCCUGUUACUGUCUCUUGUCUUGGUCAGUCAAGCAGUGAAGGAGGUUGUAUAGGUACUGACGUGGACGUAGAGGACUGUGCACCACAUAAGGUAUCCUGCCUGUGAUGAUGCAGAAAUGUGUGUGUGUGUGUGUGUCUGGUAAGGCCUGUGUGUGGUGUCAAUCAAAAUGUGUUAAACACCCCUUAGUGACAUACUGAAUGUACAUGUCAUCCCAUAAUGCGUGUCUUUAGACUGAAGUGCCUUAAAUUCAUUUGUAUCUGUCCACCACACAUACUGUGGCACUGGCUGCAGAGAUCAUCAACUGUGUUUUAGCGUGUGUUUGUGCACCUGCUCUCUACUGCUCGGCACAGCAUGGUAUGUGUGUAUGUCCGUCUGUCUGUGUGUGACAUGGAUGUUGUUAAUUUCACGUAAAUUACCUUGUAAGUAAACUUGAGUCAGAUGGAAAAGUUGUAUGUAACUUCAUUAAGUUGUUUACGUGCAUUCUUAUUUGAUCACAAAAGUCUUGGCUCCUCAAUGCAAAUGUGUCAGACUUAACUUGAUAGGAGAGGAUUGCAUGCAGUUCUAAAAUUAAAUCUUACACUUUUUUUUCUUCCUCGUGUCACGUGUGCCAUCUCUCAUAUAUUUGCAAUCCUCCCAGAAAUGCCCUUAAUUUAAAGACAGAAAAGCGUUAUUUAUUUUCGUUAUGUUUCCUCAUUUCUACUUGUACUUGUACUUCUACUUUGGCUUGUAAAUAGUAUAAUCAGCUUCUGGUGUGUGCUUUUUCUGUGUAGAGAUGAGAGGAUAAAAUGAAUGUAGAAUGCAGCUGAACUUAAAGCAGUGAGACUUUACACUACAGGCUGAUCUUAAGUAUUUAUGGUGCAACAUGCACAGUAUGUCUUCUGUGUUUGCGUAGAUCUGUACAGAUUGUUGCUCAUUAUUUUUGUAAGUAAUAAAGAACUGGACGAAGCAAGGUCA